AUGCGCAUAGACAGGGAUGUCAGUGUUCGAGUAGCUGUCAAAUACCUGAAAGAUAAUAGUGCCGAAAAUAAAAUUAAAUUUCUCAAAGAAGCCAUACUUAUGAACAAUUUUGAUCACCCUAAUAUUGUAAAAUUGCUUGGAGUCAAUAUGGAGCAGGGAGAACACUUCUUAGUCCUUGAAUUGAUGGAUGGGGGUGAUUUGCUUGGCUUCCUUCGAGAAUGCCGCCCCAAGAAAGGCCGUUCUUCACGUCUCUGUUUGCGCGAUCUGAUAGCAAUAGCCGUAGAUGUUGGUCGUGGUUGUGUACAUUUGGAGACUUAUAAGCACGUACAUCGUGACCUUGCUGCCAGGAAUUGCCUAAUUUCUUCCAAAACAUCCCCUCAAAGGGUUACUAAAAUUGCUGAUUUUGGAUUGGCUAGAUCCCUCUUUGUCGAUGAUUAUUAUAGAGAUAUGUUACCUUUACGCUGGCUUUCUCCAGAAGUCAUUACUCAAGGAUUAUUCACUUCAAAAAGCGAUGUUUGGGCUUUUGGUGUUCUACUUUGGGAGAUUAUUACUUUGGGAGAGCAGCCUUAUUCUAACAGACAAAAUACAGAAGUCUUAAAUUUGCUCAGCAAUGGGAUCUGCUUAGAGAGGCCUUUAGAAUGUCCAGAAGAGCUUUAUCAAGUGAUGAGAUCGUGUUGGACAAUUCCAGCUGAACAAAGACCUAAAUUUUUGGAUAUUCAGCCUAGAAUGGAGUCUAUUCGAGGGCUUACUCAUUUUCAAUCCAGAGACCCUUUCCCAUCUGGAAUUUUGAAUGGAUUCGAAAAUUCACUAGAUUCCAGCACAUCCACACAUGAAUCUAGUACAACGACUAAUGGAGGGGAUUCAUCUGCUGCUUUGCAUUUUGAAAAGAGUGAAAAUUCCUCCUCAAGAAAACAUUCCCGUUUUGGACCCAAGCCGGUACCUCGACGCCAAUUAGGACAACAGGGCACCAAUGGCACAAUAUCUACCACCACCACAAAUGUUGCUUUGAAUGAUUCGGCAGAGUAUGAGUUGCCAAUACGUCCUAGCGCCAGCAGUUUUCAAUCUUCUUCCAAUCAUAAUAAUCAUCAGAAUAAUCAAGGAAGCCCCUUUUUUGCUUCACAAUUUCGGAAGGGGAAUAAUUCCGCAGCGCGACAACAACAACAAGCUGUAGCUUUUCAAAAUAAUGCAUAUUUAGUUGAUGAGGGUUCAUCAACUGAGGGAAUACAAAAACAACUAACUUGGGAUAACCAGAACCUUAGACACUUAAAUAACGUUAAUGGCAAUGACUUUAUUACUGCUAGGAAUCCUCCAAAUACAAAUGAAGAACAACAAAGGUUCGGGGGGUCUUCCAGAGUAAGCAGAGUUUAG